UUUUUGUAUACUAAUAAUGGUGGCAAUCAGAGACUUAUAGCAGGAUUGCAGGACUGCAGCGGGCAUUCUGACACUGGGGGAAACUGACUUGGUGUCACUGACAUCCCCAGUGACACCAAUGCAGUAAUCAGUGCUAAAAAAAAAAAGCACUGACACUGUACUAAUGGCGCUGGGCAGGAAUGGAUUAACAAUAAGGGGUGAUCAAAGGGUUAACUGUGAGCAUUACCGACGGAGGGUAAACAGUACAGUCCUCUCCCCUGUCAGCUCCUGCACACUGCUAUGCAUGGCUUUGAAUAUCAGAGGCAUGCAAAGCAGUGUG